AAGCCAGUGUCUUCCAGGCCAAAUGAAUGUGUCAUAUUCUGAUCUUGAUUUUGGUUAUUUUUUACUUAAACCAUUACAUGAAGGAAUAAAUCAGUAUGGUUUACAAUACGAAUACUGAAAUGUUUAACGUAAUAACUGAUUUGACACGUAUGAGCAUAGCAGUCUUGUUAUGCCUACAAAUUUUUCAGCAAACAAGCAUCACGCCCAUUCUCUUCACUACCAUGGUGUGAUCUCAGCCAGCGGCAGCUGCGCAGCCUCAACAACACACUGCAGAUCAGGGUAUUCCGCGACUACGCGUAUUUACUGGAGUUAUUUAUUUAAUUGAUGUUAUAUAAUAGUAAAUGACAAGGCACACACCCGUCCUCUACCGACAAAACGGACUCUAGCAAUGCAGCCCCUUAAGAAACUUGCUGAAACAAACUGACCUGUGUACUCAAUAGCAAGAUAUAUUAAAGCAGCGACAGUGAGCAGACAAACACAUAACUGGAGUGUCAGCAUCAGGUCAGGUGGUGAAGAACUAGUAAAGUGGUAAGAAGAGCGACCUGGCCCGUGCCUCAGCCAUGACAGACCCCAGCCUGACAUCCCCCUCAGAGGCCCCUCUGCGCUCCCCCCGGGCUGCACCCCUUUCCCUCUCCUUCCCCUUCUUGAGGGAGGGCAGCCGUGUGUGGGAAAGGGGCGCGCCACCCCAGCCCCGGUCACUGCCCAGCCCACUGCCCACCAAACGCAACCGCACCUAUUCAGCCACGGUGCGGGCCACCUCAGGGCCAGCGUUUAAGGGCGUGUGCAAGAGCUUCUGCAGGUCACAAGGUCAUGGCUUCAUCCAUCCUUCCAAUGGCGGAGAUGACAUCUUUGUUCACAUCUCAGAUAUCGAGGGCGAGUAUGUCCCAGUAGAAGGAGAUGAGGUAACAUACAAAGUCUCCCGGAUCCCACCCAAAAACCUGAAGAUCCAGGCCGUGGAGGUGAAGAUUGUUCAUCUGAACCCAGGGACGAAGCAUGAGACCUGGUCUGGCCAGAUCAUCAGCCAGCUAGAUGAGAGCUAGGCUUCAGCGCUGGCCUGUUUAUCUACAGGGAGGGCUAGAGUGGGAGGUGGAGGGGUCUGGCUAGGGCAGGCAGGGACGGCCAACUGGUGCUGGAGAGUCUGUCUAAAUCAGGUGUGCUAGAGCUGGGCUGAAACAAAACUCUAGAUACACUGACUGGCUCCUCAGGACACAAGUUGGCCAUCCGUGAACUAGGAUGUGGUUGGUACAGACUGGAUUGAUAAGUCAUAAAAGCAAGUAAGGGAGGAGAAUAUGUUCAACCAGAAGGUACUGAAAAUGGGUGAGGGGACAGAGCAGAGUGGUGGAGGAAAUAGAAUGAGAAAUCCGACACCAUUUUGAGGAGAAGCAUUACUAUUGGUAUGAAAUCAAAAUGAGGUUGGAGAGAAAAUAACUGACGAAGGUUUAGAGGUACAGAAUCGGAAACGUCUGAUUGAGAGAGCAAUUGAGAAGGGAGGGAGAGAUGUCAUGGGAGACAAAAAAAAGCUUGGAAGAAUGAUUUAUAUUUUACUGUGAAUGGAAAAGCCACUAUUAAUAUUCUCGAGGUACACAACCAUCUUUGUAUUUAUAUAUAUUUAUUUGAUCAUUUUGUUUAGAUUUUUUUGUAUCCGUUAGUUUUGAGGUUACUGGAUUUAAGUUUUGGGUAUUGUAGUCAAACAAAUGCACUUAAAAACUUGAACUUCCAUUUUGAAAUACUGCCAAGCCGACUACAACUCCUAUUAGGCUUUAUCAUGUGGCAAUAUGUAGUCCUGUUUGCAAAUUGUAACUCACCAUGAUGGUAUGAGAAAAUUACUGCAAGGUUUUUGAAACUAUUUGAAUCUUUUCUAUUGUCUGAGAGACACUGUAACACACUGUCAAUGGACUUGAAAUACAUUUUAAUGUUUUUGUUUAAGUUCUGAUAUGAUCAUUUGAUUGUUACUGAACCAUUAUUCAUAUUUGUUUCAUGUCUGCCUAUUAUGUUUAGCAUUUCUCCAUAUUUAGGACAUUUCUAUGCAUAUUUAUAUCCUUCAUUCUUAAUGUUUUGGGUUGUUUUAUUUCAUAUUUUAGUUUUAGUUAAAAUGCUAGGUUUUCCAUUGGUCACAGUUCAGAGCAUUUUCUGUUACACAAGCCACUGUGGCUAUAGUUUACCCUCAUUUCUAUGUGAGCCUUGAAAGAGCACUAAUAACAUUUUAUGAUUCACAAUUAUGAUGGCUUAUUUUAGUAUUUAUUUUUGGAGAU